AUGGAUAAUUGGGAAAAAGAUAAACAAUUUGGUGUUAACGAUAUGGAAAAUGUGGAUGCGGGGGAAACAUUUUUUCGUGGUUUGGAUCCCGAGUCAGGCCAUACAUAUAUGCAAACGCCACUACCUGUUGUUGUAGUUAAGGAUAACACAGUUACACCGUUAAAAGGGCGGGUAAAAAUGAAAUCGAAAUUUUGUAGGGAGCCUUACACACAGAACAGAAAAGGGAAAAAAGCGCAGAAGUCCAAUAAUGUAGAAAAAAGACCAUUACGAUUAGACGAUUAUGCAGAUAUUGAUGAUGAAUUUUGGAAAUUGUGGGGAAAGAACAUGUGGACGAUUAUUAAUCAUGAAGGCACGACUUUGGAACCUGGGAAACAACAUUAUUUGAGGCGUGUAGCAGUUGGGAUGGUUGAUGGACCACAUUGGAAGGAUAUUGAUCGGGUUUUAAUUCCCAUCAACAUACCGCACCUGCAUUGGUAUUUGGCUGAUUUGAGUCUCCUUACAUGGAAAGUGAGCAUAUAUGAUUCAGCCAAAUAG